CGCUAGUGUUGUGUAGCGACCAACAGACGUAUUCCGUGCUUUCCGUUUUGUUAAUUGAAGUCAAAGUCAAGUGAAUUUGUACAAGCAAAAAUGUCCUACGGUGGCAGUUUCAAUCCUUACGCUCAGCCUGGUGGCGGCUAUUCCCCGCCCCCGGGCGCCUUUCCCCCACAAAACGCCCAAAUGAACCAACAAGCCCAACAAUGGUUCGCCAUGGUGGAUAGAGAUCGUUCGGGCAAAAUCAACGCCGCGGAGCUAAAGGCUGCUCUGGUCAACGGACGGGGCCAACAGUUCUCGGACAACGCUUGCAAACUAAUGAUAAGUAUGUUCGACAACGACGCCAGUGGCACUAUUGAUAUGUUUGAGUUUGAAAAGCUCUACAAUUAUAUCAAUCAAUGGCUGCAGGUUUUUAAGACCUACGAUCAAGAUGGCUCUGGUCACAUCGAAGAGAGUGAACUGACUCAAGCUUUCACUCAAAUGGGCUUUCGCUUUACGCCCGAGUUUAUCAACUUUCUGGUGAAAAAGAGUGAUCCCCAAACUCAGAAGGAAAUAUCGGUCGACCAGUUUAUUGUGCUAUGCGUGCAAAUUCAGCGCUUUACGGAGGCCUUCAGGCAGCGCGAUACUCAACAGAAUGGGACAAUUACCAUUGCCUUCGAGGACUUCCUGAGCGUUGCCAUCGGUUGUUCAUACUAAGAAGAAAAAAAGAGGAUAUUGAUUCCCAACACGCCCCAGAAACUCAGCCUUUAUAGAUUAAAAUUUGAUUCCGUUAAUUUUGUGCAUUUCGUUUAAAUAUAUGGUGUAUGUUAAUUCACAUUAUUCCCUAACUCGCCGAUCACAUUGUAAUCUCCACUGAAACAGAUCGAGUAUUGUUAUCAUAGCUUGAAUCGCAUUAAGUACAAAAUCAAAAUAAACACAGUAUACAUAUAUGUA